CAGCGGCCCCGGAACAGUGAGAUUAGAUUUCCUGAGGCGGAGGGUCAGGCAGCGAGUGCGGCGCACCGAGGCCCGCGGGGACGGAUCGGUCGCCCCUGCAGUGGUCCAGAGGCUAUCACUAGCAGAGUGUCCUGUGCGGGCAGCGUGCAAAGGCCAGUUUGAGUAUAAUUUAGUGACAUUUUCCCUUCAAGAGCCAGUACCGGCUUGGUUUCGACUCCCACACAGCUGACUGUAGACUGCCGGAGUUAGUGUCAUCUUCAGAAACUUAGCUAAUUACCGUCAAAGGUCUUGAUGACUUUCGGUGGCAAUGAGCUGACUAGCCUCCUUCGCCUGGGAGACGUCCUACAGAGACACCCUGGGGCCCUUGCCACAGUUCCCACUACUUGUUGGGACCCAGUAAACUUUGUUGCUAAAACCAAAACUGUGAAGUACUGGAUGUUAACCCUACAUCUCUGCGUCCGUCGUUUCUAGAUAUGGAUCACAAACUUUCACAGUUGAUAGAGGAGCUCACAACGUCAGGAGAAACCCAACUGAAUGCUCAGAAAAUGAAGGAACUGAAGAAAAUUUGCAAGUCUUCUGAGGAGCAGCUGAGCCAUGCCUACCACCUACUGAAGACACAGCUGACCCAGGACCAUGCUGAGAUCCGCCUCUCAGCCUUCCAGAUCGUGGAUGAGCUCUUCACCAGGUCUCAUCAGUUCAGAGUGCUGCUUGUGUCUGACUUCCAGGAAUUCCUGGAGCUCACACUGGGCACAGAUAAUGAGCAUCCCCUGCCACCCCCACGGGAGGCAGCUCAGAGGCUAAAGCAGGCAGCCAUGCAGGCUGUGGAAGGUUGGAAUGAGAAGUUUGGGGAGGCCUAUAAGAAGCUAGCCUUGGGCUACCACUUCCUAAAACACAUCAAAAAGGUGGAUUUUCGAGAUGUCAAUGCUAGGUCUCUGGCAGAAAGGAAGCGAGAAGAGGAGAAACAGAAGCACUUGGAUAAAAUUCACAAAGAAAGUGCUGAACGGGCUAAGAGAGAAAUGGAAGAAAUGUCUGAUGAAAUUGGAUACAGCCUGACAGAAGUGGAGAACUGCUUUAAACUGCUCGUGCCCUUGGACUUUGGGCCAUACCCAGAGGAUAAAUUCUUUGCUGAGGCAUCUGACAUAACAGAGGGCCAUGUUCCUUGUGUCUUGAGCCCAGACCUGGUAACUUCUCGUGAGUCUGGUCUCCCUUUAUCUCAGAAUGAAGAGCAGCCAUGCUGUAGCAAGGACCUGGUUGACUCUGCAUACCAUGUAGGAUCUGCUGUUGGUCUGAAGGCACUGGCCCUAACAGCCACACAAAACCCCUCCAGGGAUGAGGAUGAGCACAGUGACCCGGAGGAGUUCCUGAGGAGCCAUGGGCUAGGAUCGCACAAGUACACACUGGAUGUGGAACUCCCCUCAGAUGGUCUGAAGGUGCAAGAGAAUGAAGACAACCUUGCUGUCCUCCAUGCUGCUAGAGAUUCGCUCAAACUUAUCCAGAACAAGUUUCUGCCAACUGUGUGCUCCUGGGUCCAGACAGAAGCCCUGGAGGACAGCGAGGAUGAGGACCAGGACUUUGUGGAAGUCCCAGAGAAAGAAGGUUAUGAACCUCGAAUCCCUGACCACCUCCGGGCUGAAUAUGGGCUGGAGCCGGGGGCCCCACUGAAGACUCUAGAGAAGGGCACAGCUGUGUGCAGCUUACAGGAGAGGACAAGGAUGAGAAAGGAAGAGGAGGCAUCAGACCCCACCUCUGCAGCUGCCCAGCUAUUGCGGCUCCAGGAAUGCUUGCCAUCCACCUCAUCCUCCUCUCCCGGGGUACCUCUGGGGCCAGAGGAAGCCCAGAAGCAGGCAGAGCGGGCCCGAGCACCCAUUGUACCCUUCGGAGUGGACCUGUGUUACUGGGGCCAGGAGAAGCUAACGGCUGGAAAGAUCCUUAAAUCUGACUCUCAACACCGCUUCUGGAAACCCAGCGAGGUAGAGGAGGAGGUGGACAGUGCUCAUGUUUCUGAGAUGCUGCAUAGCCGACACAUUACCUUUGCAGGGAAGUUUGAGCCUGUGCAGCACCAGUGCCGGGCCCUGAAGCCUAAUGGCAGGCUCUGUGAGCGCCAGGAUCGGCUAAAGUGCCCAUUCCAUGGGAAGAUCAUCCCCAGAGAUGACAAGGGGCAGCCCCUCAACCCAGAGGACAGAGCCCGUGAACAAAGGCAGCGGUUUCAGCAGCAGCAGGCACAGCCAGGUUGGCAGGACCCUGAGUUUAUGAAGGAUGUAGAGGCAGCCACAGGAGUGGACCUCGGCUCGUCCAAGUAUAGCAAGAAGGGCAAAGGGAAAAAGAAGAAGCACCCCAACCUCACUGACCUGCGAGAGCGUGCCAACACCAGCCGGGCCCGCCUGGAGAAGAAGGUCUUUGCCAAGGCAGCCGUGCAGAGAGUAGUUGCUGCCAUGAACCAGAUGGACCAGAAGAAACACGAGAAGUUUGCGAACCAGUUUAAUUAUGCACUGAAUUGAAAGGUGUGGGGGAUGUGCUGUGGUCCCCUUUGGCCUUCAGCUCACUAGGAUAGGUGAAUAGGGUUAGGUCUGGGUAAAUCAGAAUUUGUCUUUUAUGAGUGUAAGUAACAAUGGAAAAUGAUACAUUAGAACACCCCUCAGGAGGCCAGGGAAUGUAGCUUAGUGGCAAGGCCCGAGUAUGGUCCAACAAUUUUAACCAUGCAUAUGGCACCACACCUGUAAUCCCAGCACUUGGGGACAUAAACAGGACUGUGAGUUCUAGGCCAGUAUGGAUUAGAAAGGCUGCUUGAAAAGCAGCAAAAAGCUGUAUGAGGUGAUGGACACCUGUCAUCCUAGCACUUCAGAGGCAGAGCAGAGAAUCAACACAAGGUUAAAAACUAGCCGAGUGUACGUAGUCAGUUACAGGCCAGAAGACUUCAUAAGGAGGGUGUGUUUCUGGGGGCGGGGAGCCCCUCAGCAGAGCCUACAGAAUUGGAGUUCAGGGGUCAAGGCAGGUACCCCACCUGGUUGCAGGUCAGGCCUUGGGCAUAAGUAUGUCUCCAUUAGGGCUAUGUACUUAUGACGGCUUUAGAAACCUUCCCUUUCAUGUACACACUGUUUAAUACAGAUGCACACCUCUUAGCACAGAGCUCUGUGGAAUGGCUCUGUUGAACCCUAACUCACAUAUCAGCUCGCCUAGUACAGGCACAGAUGUGUAACCAGUGACACUAUCUGCUCCCAGAACCUUAUCACCCUAGGAUGAAUUGCCUGCCCACCCCACCCCUGAACCCCCUUUUUGUUUCAGGAUUUGUGUUUUCUAGAAUAAUGGGGUCUGUCACCUUUUGUUUCUGCCUUUUGUUUUGUUUUUUUGAGAUGUGGUCUCUUCAUGUAGUUCUGACAUUCCUGGAGCUCAGAUGUAGACCAGGCUGGCCUCAGACUCACAGGGGUCCUCCUACCUCCACCACUUGAGUACUGGGAUUAAAGGAGUAAGGCCAUGUGCCACCACUCCUGGCUGAGUCCAGUGCCUUUUGUUUCUGGCUUCUUUCCCUUUAUUUUAAGGUUCUUCCAUGUUGUAAUACACACUAAUACUUCAUGUUCACCAAGCCAGCCUUACAGAGAAUACUAGAAGUAAUACUUUGGACUGAAGAGAGGAAUACGCAUAGUUAAGAGACUACAGAAAGAAAAUAAGUGACGCUGUAAUCACUGAAAUACAAAAUAGGGCGAAGAACACAAAAAGCAAAACAACAGUAACCAGCACUUUAAACGAGGACUGUAAUGGCCUCAGCCCCCAGCCAAGAGAUGCCGGUUAGUUUACUAGAUUAAGAACUCACCUUCUGCUGGGCAGUCCCAGCACUCGGGAGGCAGAGGCAGGCGGAUCUCUGUGGGUUCGAGGCCAGCCUGUUCUACAAGAUCUAGUUCCAGGACAGGCCCCAAAGCUACAGAAAAACCC